UCGCUCUGUGCACCACAAUGCCUUCUGGGGAAGAUAGUCCAUCCUAGCCAGAAAACACCGCAACGGGCGUCAACAUUUUCCUUAGCAAGUGAUUCUUGUUAAAAAGGCAUCAUUGGCUUCACUUAAAGAGCAUAUGAUGCAGUCGGAGGAUGCACGUUAUCUAAAACGGAAAGUGAAGGGCGGUAGUCUGGACGUCCACCCUACAGAAAAAGCCCUUGUUGUCCAAUAUGAGGUGGAGGCCACCAUUCUGGGAGAGAUGGGGGACGAGAUGCUGGGAGACCGGAAGGAGUGCCAGAAGAUUAUUCGUGUGAAGAGCCUGAAUGCCAACACAGACAUCUCCUCGCUUGCCCGUAAGGUGGUGGAGGAGUGUAAACUCAUCCAUCCCUCCAAGCUGUCCGAGGUUGAGCAACUGCUCUUCUACCUGCAGAACCGUAGGAAGACCAGUGGGAAAGAACGGAGGGAGAAGAGAGUGGUGAAACCCAGAGACCUCACUCCAUUUGAAGGAAUGGAGAUCGAUGAGGAAGCUAACAUCAACAAGGUGGAUGAGUAUGUAGAACUUCUGUAUGAAGGCAUGGAAGAGAAGAUCCAUGGGGCAACCCUCAUCCUUCACCUCUCCCGUAACCCUGACAACCUGGAAGAACUACUAAAGAACGAGACUGCCCUGGGAGCCCUGGCCAGAGUUUUGAGAGAAGACUGGAAACAGAGUGUGGAGCUGGCCACCACCAUCAUCUAUGUCUUCUUCUGCUUCUCCAGUUUCUCCCAGUUCCACGGUCUGGUGACACAUUACAAGAUUGGAGCUCUCUGCAUGAACGUCAUCGAACACGAGCUGAAGAGGUACGACCUCUGGCAAGACGAACUGCAGAAGAAAACCAAGACCUGUGAAGACGACCCUGACAACCAGGCUCUGAGGAAGGACCAUGAGAAGGCUUUUAAGAAGUACCAAGGUCUUCUGGUGAAACAGGAACAGCUCCUCAGAGUGGCUCUCUAUCUGUUAUUGAACCUGGCUGAAGACACUCGUACGGAGCUGAAGAUGAGGAACAAGAACAUUGUUCACAUGCUGGUCAAAACUCUGGACCGGGAGAACGAGGAGCUACUGGUUCUGGUUGUCUCUUUUCUCAAGAAACUCAGCAUCUUCCUGGAGAACAAGAAUGAUAUGGCGGAGGUGGACACCGUAGAGCGUUUGUCACGUCUGGUCCCGUGUGAACAUGAAGACCUCCUGAACAUCACACUGCGUCUCCUUCUUAACCUCUCCUUCGACACAGGCCUCCGCAACAAGAUGGUGCAGGUCGGCCUGCUGCCCAAACUCACAUCUCUACUGGGUGAUGAAAACCACAAACAAAUAGCCAUGUGCAUCCUUUACCACAUCAGUGUGGAUGACCGCUUCAAGUCCAUGUUCGCCUACACAGACUGCAUCCCACAGUUGAUGAAGAUGUUGUUUGAGCAUGGAGAGGAGCGGAUCGAUGCAGAGCUCAUCUCCUUCUGCAUCAACUUGGCAGCUAACAAGAGGAACGCCCAAAUUAUCUGUGAAGGCAACGGGCUAAAGAUGCUGAUGAAGAGAGCUCUUAAACUGAAGGAUCCCCUGCUGAUGAAAAUGAUCAGGAACAUCUCGCAGCACGACGGACCUCCAAAACACCUCUUCAUUGGCUAUGUUGGCGACCUGGCAGCUCAGAUAAGCCCUGACGAAGAUGAAGAGUUUGUGAUCGAGUGUCUGGGAACUCUGGCUAACCUCACCAUACCUGAUCUGGACUGGGAACUGGUACUGAAAGAGUACAACCUGGUACCUUACCUUAAAGACCGGCUUAAACCAGGGUCAGCGGAGGAUGACCUCAUCCUAGAAGUGGUGAUCAUGAUCGGGACUGUCUCCAUGGAUGACAGCUGUGCCGCCAUGUUGGCUAAGUCUGGUAUCAUCCCUGCCAUUAUAGAACUGCUCAAUGCCCAACAGGAGGAUGAUGAGUUUGUGUGUCAGAUCGUCUAUGUGUUCUACCAGAUGGUGUUCCACCAAGCUACCAGAGAGGUCAUCAUUAAAGACACACAGGCUCCGGCCUAUCUUAUUGACCUGAUGCAUGACAAGAAUGCUGAGAUACGGAAGGUCUGUGACAACACCCUGGACAUCAUCGCUGAGUAUGACGAGGAGUGGGGAAAGAAGAUCCAGAGUGAGAAGUUCCGCUGGCACAACUCCCAGUGGCUGGAGAUGGUGGAGAGCCGGCAGAUGGAGGAAGGAGAACCUUUCAUUUAUGGAGAUGAUGGAGAGAUGGAGAGACCAGACCUCUUCUACAGCACAGAUGGUAUCACCCCUGCAUCAGGAGCAGUGAGUCCGGACUUCUUCAGUGAUCCCUACGCCCAAAAUGGAGAUGGAAAACACAGUGGUGGAGCUGAUGGGUUUGACCUGACUUCUGGGACAUCAAGUCGCCCGGCCACUGGCUUCGGAUUCAGACCUGAUGAGCAGUUUUAUUACGAUUACACUUCCUCAAGAUAGACCCAUACUGACAGUAAUGUUACUAUGACUACACUUCCUCAAGAUAGACCCAUUUUGAACAGUAAUGUUACUAUGACUACACUUCCUCAAGAUAGACCCAUACUGAAAGUAAUGUUACUAUGACUACACUUCCUCAAGAUAGACCCAUACUGACAGUAAUGUUACUAUGACUACACUUCCUCAAGAUAGACCCAUACUGACAGUAAUGUUACUAUGACUACACUUCCUUUGAGGUAGACCCAUGCUGACAGUACUGUUACUAUGACUACACUUCUCACCAACCAGAUUGACAGUACUGUUACUAUGACUACACUUCUCACCAACCAGAUUGACAGUACUGUUAGUGUCUUUUCUUUUAUUAACAACUACUGUAUAAGCACUUUCAUAGCAGACUUUGAAAACAUUUUUCAGAAAUUGCUUUAUUUUUGUGUUCAUGCAAGGUGUCAGUAGUGACAAUUGUUUUCUAUACUUGUUUGAAUUUAUUAUAAUUACUUUUCAGACAUUUUGUAUUAUCAAGGCAUUCAUAUCAUGCUGUACAUUGUUUUAUUGAACAUUUGCAAUGGGCUUAAAUUAUGUUUAUAUUAUAACUUGUUUUAAAAUGUUGAUAUAAUGUAAAACACUACACACUGCACGAAUGUUACUUUGACCGAAGGACCACUGAAGAAUAUUUAUUAAUUGUUUGUCAGGCAUAAAAACACUUGAAUUUAGCGGUCAGUUCUUGCUUUUUAUAUUUGCCUGCAUCUUUUGCUAUUUUCUCUUAAACUAGUCUUUUUUUUGUUCUUGGAUCAUGUUACUGAAUGGAUGCAGAGCUACAGCAGAUCAACAGUUUUGUUGCUGUUGUCUUCUUGGGUCAGUGUUCUGCAAAGACAAUGUUCUGAACACCCUCUCUCACUAUACACCUUUAAAAACUAAUGAAAGCAUGAAUCAAUGUAACGAGGCAUCAGCCUGUUUCGGCCCUAGAGCUCCGCCCCAUCCAACACAGCAUCCACCAAUUAGAACAGAUGCAUCAUUAUCAUUGGUAGAGCAUGUGGGCGGGGUUUCCGUAUGAAGCGGCAGGCUCUUGCAGUGAUUGUGAAAAUCAAUAGGUUCCAUUUUUUAUCGUCCAGGUAGAAAGUCUUCAUUGUGCUGUCAGUGUAUAAUGCUCAAAGUAAACACCAUAGCGGAGUGCCGCUUGUGGGCGGGGAGCUGGAGGCAAUGCACUACGCUGACAACUACAGUCGUAGUGUUCUGUUGCUGGGUUACAAUAGAGAGCUUCGGUUGUAUAUGUUUAUUUGUACAGUAGACAUCAGAGUUUUCUUACAUUUUUUGCUGUAGUUAUGUUUUCAUAUUAGAGCUUAUCUUUUUAUUAGAGAUCAUGUUUAUUAUUUUCUAAAUGUUAUUGAAAGUAUGUCUUACAAUUCAUCUUAUUGUUUGACUGUGCUCUAAGGAGGUUAGAAUAGCGUAUUUAAUGAGGUAUUGUUAGUGUCUGAAGCUCAUAGCAACUACUGUAGUUCACUCUGCUGUAAAAUGAUGUUCUACAAUAUACAGAACCUAAACCUUAACAUGGAUGGGAUUUAUUCAUGUGGACAUUUGUGCAAAUAAAAUGACUGUUUAAACCA